ACGAAGUCAAAGUCGGCGGAGCAUCGCGAAUCUUGGUUUGCUCUCGCUGAAAUUUGUCGCUUUGCGAUGACACGCUCGUGGAAAACGUUAUCGGUGAACCGAGUGCACCGCGCUAUAAGCGAGAAACAGAUAAUGCUAAUUGAAGGAGGCAUUCAGUGUGUCACAUGAACGUUGUUUUUCACCGGAUCUCCCGACGAGAGUUUGUGCUUUCGUCGCGGCAAUAAAAACAAAUAAUAGUAGACUCGAUGCCGCUCUCGCGCACCAGGAAGGUUCGAGCGCUGUAGCAUCGAGAUCGAAUGAUAGUCAGAAGCAGGACAACAGUUGUGAGAAAAAUUCUCCAAAGUGUAGUCGGUGUUCGUUCGAAACUGAAGUUAACAAGAGGAAGUGUGAAAGACGUAAAGAGCUUGAUUAAGAAUUUGUGAUAAUCAGUCGCGAUUCUAAAGGAAAGAGACUCGAAAGUGCGGCCGGCGAAACGUCUCGAUCGUCGUUGAUAAAGAUCAAGAAAAAAAGAAUUCCGCGUGACGUAAUCAGUCCAUUUUCUCGCAAAUGAAAAGAGCAAACGUUAUUGUUAGUAGCUGAUAAGUGAAGACCGCUGGCCAGGUGUCGGCUGUUAUAAGACGUCCUACAUCAUUGCUCACGCAUCAGUAGAUCCUCCGCCAUCAAACUUGACACCCAUUCAUGCAACUGUUAGUCCAAUUAUUCCGCGAGCGCCGCGAACCUUUUCGUCUCGGCGACAAUACACAGUAAAAUGAAACGAGAUCUUGGAACGGAACAAACUGGAUGAGAAAGAGUUCAAUUUCUUGAAGAAAUCUUGGACGAAUCUUCGAGGUUUAAAAGUGGAUUAUAAGGAUUUGAUGGGAUCGCCAUUGAACAAACGAAGACAAAUUUGAUCGAUAAGUUUGGUUGAUUCAUAAAAAUCAGAUUUUGAAAGUAGGAGUGAUCGCCGGUGUUUUCUCAACAGUGUUCCAAGUUGUAAAAUAAUUUAUAAAGAGAGAAGUCAAACAUUUUUAGUCUGAUUAAAUUGCAGCUUCGUCAAAGUGCGUCGUACAGUAUCUCACGAGCAACUGUGAUAAAGCUGACUACCUGUGUGAUUAAGAAUCCUUCAAGUAAAAGCUUUCAAACGAGAUAUGAAGACCAUUGUGCGGUAUUAUCUCUGAAUAAAAGAUAUUCUUCGAAAUCAAAUAUCCCGCGAGUGUUUGUGUUGAACGAAAAAGGGAAAAGAAGGAGUAAAAAUGAAUGGAAAUGUUGCAAACGAUCCAAAAUCGAACGUGACGUCAACCUCCCUGGACAAAAGCGAAAAACAAAAUCUGUUGCCAUCGUUGAACGGACCUGCACCUGUCAUAGUAAAAGUGUCCAAGAGUACGAAUUCUUCGUUUAAGAGCAGGAGCCGGUACAGAGCAUGGCCAACGCGAAAGUUACGUCGUCGCGCCGUAUUGAAAAACGGCGAGUGCAACGUGCUCCAGUCCCGAAUUUCCAGACGUUCGUUACGCUUCCUACGGGACAUAUUCACGACCCUGGUGGACACGCAGUGGCGAUGGAUGUUGCUGUGCUUCAGCCUGAGCUUCGUGCUCUCCUGGCUGGGCUUCGCGGUGAUCUGGUGGCUGAUCGCGUUCAGCCACGGUGACUUCGAGAAGGACCACCUGCCGCCGUAUCAGAUCGAGAACAACUGGACACCCUGCAUCAACAACAUCUUCUCCUUCACGAGCUGCUUCCUGUUCAGCAUCGAAACGCAGCACACGAUCGGUUACGGGAGCCGUGGCACCACCGAGGAGUGCCCCGAGGCGAUCUUCGUCAUGUGCAUCCAGAGCAUCGUCGGCGUGAUGAUCCAAGCGUUCAUGGUCGGGAUAGUGUUCGCGAAGAUGAGCAGGCCCAAGCAGAGAACUCAAACGUUGCUCUUUUCACGAAACGCCGUCAUCUGUCAGAGAGAUGGCGAACUCUGUUUGAUGUUCCGCGUCGGUGACAUGAGGAAAAGUCACAUAAUUGGAGCGGCGAUCAGGGCGCAGUUAAUUAGGUCGAGGACCACCAAGGAAGGCGAGGUACUGUCGCAGAAUCAACAGGAGUUGGCCGUAGGCACCGACGGCCAGAAUGGAAACCUGUUCUUUAUCUGGCCCACUACCAUCGUUCACAGAAUCAACGCGGAAUCUCCGUUUUACAAUAUGUCCGCCGAGGACAUGCUGACGGAGAGAUUCGAGAUCGUGGCCAUCCUCGAGGGCACGAUAGAAUCGACGGGGCAAACUACCCAGGCUAGAUCUAGUUACUUGCCCCAGGAGAUUCUCUGGGGGCACAGGUUCGAGCCGAUGGUCACGUACUCGAAGGAGAGACAGGGCUACGAGGUGGAUUACUCCUUGUUCAACAGCACCGCGCAAGUCGGGACACCUCUGUGCUCCGGCAGGGAACUCGCGGAAUUUUACAAGGUGCAGGAGGAGCUUCGUCAUGGGAACGGUAUGAUAAUCGACGAGGAUUUCCUAACGGAAUCCUGUCAGGACAGCCAGUGCCACUGUGGUCACCGUUCUCACCUAAAUCAUCAUCACCACCAUCCAAAUCACCAUUUAACGUACGUGGACAGCGGCAGAAGUGAGACAAGCGCCGACGAGGCGACCACUUGUCGAAAUUCUUACAGAGACUCGUCCUAUCACGGGCCAGCGAUUGCCAAUCGUGACCACGGCCACUGCAAGAUUCUGGAUUUGGACCCGGACGGGAUCCAAGUGAUGGGCGAGGUCGAGCUACAGCAUUUGCCAGAACUGGUGAACAGAGAAAUCCUGAAGAACAGCCGCGAGAUCAUCUUCGAGGAGCCAGAAACGUCGCGAGAGGGGAGCCCGUUGUUGCUAAAGUCAACCAACCGGAAAAACUGGAAGCAUUCGCUCGUGGAUGAGGAAAGAAGAUCGUUGAACAGUUCCAAGAGAAGCCUCUAUCACAGAAACGUCAUUCGAGGCUUGGAGGAGGAUAAAAGGUCUCUGGAUGGAUCUAGAAGAAAUUUGAACGGGUCUAGGAAAUAUAUACUGAUCCCUUGGGACAAUAAGAAUGGGACGGAGACCGGCUACAGGGACAAUUUUGCCGUUAACAGAAGACACGCGGAGGGCAAGGAGUGUUUCAAUACAACGAGGAAGGCUAUUUGCGUGAAAGGGUCCAAAGAAAUCCAAGACGCAGACACCAGAGGAAGACUGAACUCCAAUGACGACAGAUUGAUAAUAGAAAUGGAGAAAUCGUCGAAGUCGCAUCAGCCGCAGGAGACGUUGACUAAAGACGGUAGUACCUCACUGUCGCAUCCUAAUUUAUCAUCGAACGGGUACGCUUCCCCUUCAAAGUCUCCGGUUCCAUCGAAUUCCUCAAACUUGUUGCCGAUAUCGGAUCUGUCGCCAGAGUCGGGCUUCUACGAAGGAACGCAGUGCAAUUCCAGCCCCGAGUACGUCAGGAGGGAUCUAAAAAUUCCCAAUGAAUCUGUGAUCGCGAGGAACAGAAGAAGUUACGAGAACGCGCAGCUUCAAGAUGUGAACGAAGCUUUGUCAGGACGUAACAGUGAUAACAGCUCGUUGGACAGCGAGGCAUCGAAGAAUUUAGCUAGCGAGCAUGGUUCUCGUAAAUUUGGUGAAAAGAAUGUCGCCGGGAAGCAGACAGUCUCGUACACGAGCGUCUGAGUGCCUUUCUUCUAAGUGCCAGUGCAAUUGAACAGAAAGAUCGAGUUUCGCGUAUUUUCCAAAGCAAGAUCGAAGUUGUUAGUCAACCCUCUAGCUGAUAAUGUGAGGAUUUGAACAUUUACUUUUUAUUAAUUUUAUGCAAAAGUCACGGGACUCCUUUGAAUUGUUCUUGUUAAAAUUAGGCUUUUGGAAAAUAUCCAAAUUAAUUAUUUCAUAAUUUAAAUUAUGAAAAUUUAAAUAUUGAGAAAGGAUAAACGUGUAAAAUCUAAAAGAUAUUGUUACAAAUAGUGAGUAAAAGGUACAAACAGGUUCAUUUAAAAUCCUCACAUUUUUGUUCUGAUAUAUAGUUCUGUUAGAUAAUUGGCAAAAUCAAUAUACAUAUCUUAGAAUGUAUGCAGUCGUCGCUUCUUAAAAUUCUUCUGGGUAAAAAUGAAUAUUUUGUACUAUUUAUUCUUUAUAUUCAGAUUCUUUCCAAUAUUAGCCAGAUUAAUGAUAUAUUAUAGCCAUAAUAUUAGCAUAGUCAAGCUAAUAUUAUUUUAACGAAAUCUUGCAAGUCGCAUGUAACAAGUAACAUGUGCGAUAGUAAAAUUAGAAAGAAACUAAUAAAUUUUGCAAAUUUACGAAUCAUCCACAAUUUUACUGAAAUUAUAAUAUAAAAUUGUAAUUGGUUGUUGUGAGAAAAUCCAGAUAUUACAGUGUAAGAUGAAAAUUUGUAAAAAAUUUAUACUCGUCAUUUUUCAAACUAUGCUAUAAGUAUCUGCAAAAUUUACGUUGUACAAAUUAAGUAGAAGAUACGCGCACAAUUAUUUUCUGAUUCGCCAUUUUACAAUGAUUGUAAAUCACUCCAAACCGCAGGUCGGUCACGAGCUUUCACGUGUAACAAUUGAAAGAGCCAAUCAAAUUGUGUCCAAUUUAGUAAAAUUAAUCAUCUAGAAAUGAAACGUGAGUAUAACUGUCUUUGUUCAAAGGCUCGAAUAAAAAAAAAAAAUAUUCACGAUGUCAUUCCGCGAGUGAAGCAUACGCUGGUCUAACUUUAGAAUGUAAAACUUUAGAAUUGAGAUAUUGUAAGUACUGAAAUUUGAGUAAUCAGAAUUAAAAAGGAAAGAACGAAAAGCUAAGGUUAAGUUAUUUAAAGUUGGCAUACUUGAUAAUAGAUUUAGGUAUGAAAAUCGACUAGACGUAACAAGAGUAUCUAGAAAACCGUCGAGAGAAUAUUUUUUGCAAUUUAGUACGUACUAAAUGUUAAGUUAAGAUAUUGUGACUGAAGCCAUACAUCAGUUACGUCCAUGCCUGACAAAGCAUCAAUGUUCAAACAAAACCAUAUAGAUUUACCAGUAUUAUGUCAAUCUCGGUAAAUUAAUCCAUUAAAGAUCAAGUAUUGAUACAGUGGUUAAAAAUUCUGUAUCAUUAUUGGGGAAACAUUGUAUGGUACGUAAAAUUGAAUAUAAAAUGAAAAGAAAUAAAUCACAAUAUUAUAUAGUGGUAUUCUUUCAAAAAAAGAAAGAGAAAAAAAAUAUUGCAAAUAAAUAGUCUUCAAUGGAUUAAUGCGACAGUCUGUACAACUGUAUCAACAACAAAUAGCGGAAACAAUAAAUUUUAUGUACGAUACUUGUAACUAUAAUAUAAAGAGAAAUAGAAGAAAAAUUGCGAAGAAAAGAAGUGCCUUGUCGAAAUAAGUUAGCUUCAACCCUCUUAGCGCCUUACAACUUUUUUCUGCAUCGUAAUCUACAAUUUGCAUUGUCAAACACGUUUAAAAUACUGCUUUUCAGUAGAAAAUUCAGUAUUUGCGGCGAGAUUCGCAUAUUGAGUACUAAGAGAGUUGAUAUUUAUUGCUUCCAGGGUAUUGUAAAUAGCUCGAUGUUUGUACAGUAGAACUCCGUUUAUAUUGAUUUACUUUGAUUUAUUUGGACUAAAUUUUUAUUAACAUUCGAUUACACGAAUUCUUGCUGGUUGAACUCCUGAACUGUUGUUACAUGAACAAGAAAGAUCACUAACACAGGAGAAAAUUAAUGGACUUCUCUUAUAUAAACUAUUUGUACCCUGACAAUAAUAAUAUCGUAUAAAUAAAGUUCUACUGUACAUAGAAACGUUUCCAGUUAAAAAAAAAUCACUGUCGAUCGCGAGAAUAAGUUUGCACGAAAUCGGUAGCUGUUUUCAGUGUUUCAAUCAAUCCGCACGGGGGAACCAAAUCGAUUUAUUUUGAUAUUAUUUAGACGGAAUGCGCAGAAAAACCUCGAUUGAGUGGUAGCUCCGCAUGUUCUUCCGGGACAUGGAUACCUGCCAUCGUGACUUCUAGCGUAAAUUGUGAAAAUGUUAUUUGUAAUAAAGAUCAUUUGAAAC